AUGGCAGCCGCAGUGACGAAUCCCCAGGCUCGCCUUGAGGCUCUGUCGGACGACUUCCAGAAGCUCCAACAAGAUCUUCAAGAGACUGUUGCCUCGCGACAGAGGCUAGAAGGCCAAAGGCAGGAGAAUAUCGGUGUGCAAAAGGAGUUCGAGAACCUUGGUGACGACGAGACUAUUUACAAGCUCACGGGACCGGUCCUGUUGAAACAGGACAAGAUGGAAGCCAACAGCACUGUUAAGGGUCGCCUCGACUUUAUCAAUGGAGAGAUAACGCGGCUAGAAGGCGUCAUCAGGAGUUCGCAGCAGAGCAUGGAGAAGAAAAAGGCAGAGAUCAUCCAGAUCCAAGCUGCAGCACAGGCUGCGGGUGCGGGUGCGGGCGCGGGUGUUGACGGUCCCCAGUAG